AUGAUAUCGGGAUUACAGUUUUUAGUGGACAGCGGAGCAGAUGUGCUUCUGAUUCCACCAACUGCACCAACUACUCUUUGUUCCUUCGUUAAAGAGUCGUUUUUGGAACACUGUAAUCACGCACUUAGUGAAGAAAGGUUCAGACAUCUUCCAGAAAUGAGAUUAAAUGCAGAGGAGAUGAAAGAAGCUGAACUUAGCAUAAAGUCAGGAGGCAAAAAGAAAAAAAUUCAAGCACAUUUGAUGGAGCAGAGAGGAGGAAAACCUGUAAUACUAAAAUCACUGCAUAAUAUAUCAACAAAAUUGCAACAAAAUGAGAAAAAAGAUGGACUGACAGAUUUGGAAAGAAUGCUCGACUCCAUGAAGUGUAUACCAGGAGCUGUCAUAAAUGUCGCAUAUGAAGAAGAAACGAAAGAGUCAAUAGGUGUGUAUUUUCAAGAUACUAGAAUGCAAGUAGUGUUUAGGAAAUAUCCGGAACUUCUAAUUUUUGAUGCCACAUACAAACUGAACAAUUAUAAGUUGACACUAUUUGUUUUAUUAGCUGUAGAUGGCAAUGGUGAAAGUGAAGUUGUUGCUUUCUUCAUUAUUCGCUCUGAAAGCAAAAUGUAUAAAUUAAAUUCUACUCUCAAGAAUCAAGUGCUAGAGAUUUUGACUAAUUUAGCCUAUUCCGAGUCUGAAGAGGAUUAUGGCAUUAAUUAUAGUAAAUUAAUGUCAUUAAAUAUCCAUGAUUUAACUACAUAUUACAAUAACAACUGGCAUUGUAAAAAGGAUGAAUGGGUUCUAUAUGAACAAAACAGAAACUUUAUCAUUAAAAACAGGACUAUAAACAGACUGGAAAGCUUAAAUCAGAAGCUGAAAACUGUAAUUACCAGAUACAGUUCUCUAGGUAAUUUUUUUCAAAACUUGAUAAUUUCUGUUGUAUCCACAAAUGUUGAGCGAGACCACCGUGCGAUAACAAUGAUGGAAAAAGUGCCUGUUAAAACUGAUAAUCUUGAUGAAGUUGAGAUAGAAAUUAAUAAAAAUCUUACUCAGUUUGCUGCUGGUCAUGUCUGCACUGAAUAUGAACAGUCAAAAAAGAUAACAUUCUCAACUGUAGAGAAUAAUGUUUACAUUUUAAGAAAACGAACUGCAAUUAUUAUAGCUACAGAAAAAUCAUGCAGCUGUGAAUUUUAUUCUUUCGUGGGUUUGCCAUGCCGUCAUAUUAUGGCAGUAAGACGAGAGAAGAAUUUACCAAUAUAUUUAAGUUCACUUGCUCGUGUGAGGUGGACUAGACCAUAUUACUUGUCUUCUCACCCUGUGUUCGAAAACAUGCAUCCACAGGGAGGCUUGCAUAUUACUGCAAAGCAGAAAACUGAAAGGAAACUUAAAGACUUCGAAAAUUUAUUAACAAGAGAUAAAUUAAUUAAUGUAUCUGAAUUUUCACAUGAUCAAAAUGAAGAUAUGACAGAACAGCCACACAAUUUACUUUUAGUAGAUAUACCAAAUGAAGACCAAAUAAAAUCUUCACAAGAUCCCGAGAAAACGAUUCCUGCAAAAUGA